GCCCAAUUUUGCGCCAGACACCGCCCACCCCACCAACGCGAGGCUUCAAAGGCUCUGACGUCUUGAUCGAAGAUGAAUGAAUCAAGACACCGAGGCCUGCCUUGACGAGAGAACUUGCGACGAUACUAGCUAGCCACGACCCCCUCGCUAUGGACGGGUUGCAGAAUGACGAGGAGGACCUGUUGUCCUUUCUUCAGCCUCUGACGACACCGGACGGGUUCACCUUCGAGCCGAGAGCCCGCCAUUUCGAGGAUUCGUCUGACGACGAUGUCGCUCAAGCGCCGAUCCCAGGCCCCGCGCCGCCUGCCCCAAUGGCUCCCAUGGCUCCCAUGACUGCCGUGGAUCCCACAUCUCCUACAUCGCCCAUAGCUCCUAUGGCGCCCAUGGCCCCCAUGGAGGCUGGAGAGACCACGGACUCGGUGGUUGACGCGGCUGCUGAGGCGGAAACAACAAAGGCGAACGGGGUUGCGAGCUCACAGCCGCCGGAAACAAAUGGGCACGACGAGGACAAGACUGUAGCCGAACAGGAUGACGAUGCGAUAGAGUACGAAAAGCCCAAACUUCCACGCAAGAGUCCAGCAAAGCGUCCAGCAAGGGGCCGUGCAACCCCCAAGGCAAGAAAAGUCAGCGAUGGCGAGUCUCCAGAUGAGAGUGGUGCAGGGUUGCUGAAGUACUUUUCCACUUCCUCGGCCAAGAGGCGAGUCGCCUUCAAUGCAGACCCUGAAAGCGAUCUUGGAACCAAUGGUGGGAGUCAGGUCAAGCCUGGGAAGAGAAAGUCGAGGGACACGACGGAAUCCGAGGGCUCCGAGGCAGAAGCAACACCUGAACCUUUGAAGUUUGACGUGGUCAUCCGGCCUUUGCCUCCUGCGGCAGCUCAGGAGUACAUCAAAGUGACCCCUGGUGACGAAAUUUACCGCGUGUUAGAUGUCAUCAAGACGGAUAUUCCUGGUGAAGCGUGGCUCUCAGUCGAGUUUGAGGACGGCCGUGUAGAUCAGGUCGCUUUAGACCAGCUUUCAGCCUAUCCAAACGGGCGCCAGGCUCUUGCUCACUUCAGAAAACCAAAAACCAUGGAUUCAGACCCGGACGAUUACAGCUACGUUGGCUACUCGGGCCGUCCCAAGAAGCGCAAAGCUGCUACCCAAGACCCCGACUAUGAGCGCAACAUGGAAGUUGACGAGGAUGAGGCCAUGCUGGACGCCUUCGAUGACCUCGACGAGGAAGACGAUUUCCCAAUCCAUCCUGGUCAACGGCGCGCGAUUCAGAGGAUGCGAAACUUGGGGACCGCUGCCCGCACACGCACCAGUCACCGAACCCAGAUGCAGCCUCAGCCCAACUACGCUGUGGACCAUUACGUAUCAGACGACGGAUCAGACAGAAAGCGUAGAAGCACACGCAGCCAACGCAGGGUCGCUGGGGCUAAGCCGACUUCUUCGCAGUUCGACAAUGAUCUGGACGAACUCCAGAAUGAGGGGGACGACGGCGACCUUUUCAUGGUCAAGUCAGACGUCAUGCCUGAGACCAAGUCUAGGAGGCGUGGAGGCAAAGCUCGUCCCCGUCGUGGACGAACAUCACUCUUUAGCGGCCUGGAAGAUGACGACAUCGCUUUUGAGCCACCUGUCCGACGUUCUGACCGAAGGAACAAGACCACCAAGGUCAUGGCUGACGUCGCAGCAUGGGAGGAUGAGACUUUUGCCCCAGAGGACAACAAAGUCCCAUCGGCUCCCAAGGCAUCCGGGGCCAAAGAGACCUUCGCUUCGACCCCAGAUGGCCCAUUCAAGCAGUCGCACUGCGACAGGUGCGAUACCUGCGGCAAUGGUUCCUACGUCUCUAACAAGGGCAUUAUGAUCUACUGCCAGGGUUGCGCAAUGUCCUAUCACAAGACUUGCCUCGGAUACCGCAGCACUCGAGAGCAUCUCGUGACCAAAGUCGGGCCUGAUCACUUCGUGCUACAGUGCAGACACUGCAUUGGUGUCCGCAAGAAGAAGGAUCCCCGCUCCCCGAGUCUCGAAAUCUGUCAGGUCUGCCGUAUUGAGGGUCCGGCAUGUGACGCUCUCGCCCCCAAGCGCUCGGCUCUGCAAGAGCAGAAGCUGCGCGAAGAGAAUGAGGGACAGGACCCCAUAGUGCCUGUAGAUCCGACCAUGAUCGACAAUGCCGACAACGUUCUUUUCCGAUGCAUCGCCUGCCACUGUGCCUACCACUUCGAGCACCUGCCCCCGCUCUACAACACUAGGAAAGUUGAGAGCGACACCCGAUCCAGUCGGCUGGCUCAGUACUCUGGUGCUUGGAAAUGCAAGAACUGCCUGGACAUGCCACACAAGAUCGACACUCUUGUGGCUUGGCGGCCUACCAACUGCGAUGCUUACGUUGCGGGUCAGACCGCUUUGGAUUUGGUGGAAGACGCCAAGGAGUACCUCGUCAAGUACGAAGGCCAAUCUUAUGCUCACUGCGAGUGGAAACCUGGUCCUUGGGUCUGCGGCGUCACCAAUGCCGUAAUGCGCAAUGCAUUCCCCAAGCGCAACGACGGCGCAAACUUGCUCCCGAAAUUCGACGAGAAGGAUGCGAUUCCUGAGGAGUACCUCCUUGCGGAUGUUGUUUUGGACGUGAGAUUCAAAGACGCAUCCCGAUUCGAGUCCAAGAAGGCGGACUUGGACAAGGUCUGGAGGAUAGACAAAGCCCUGAUUAAGUUCGAGGGUCUGGACUACGUUGACGCUGUUUGGGAUGAACCCCCUCACCACAGCGCCGGACUUCGCUGGGAUGCUUUUCUCUCAGCGUACAACGAGUUUCUCAAUGGCAAGCACUUCAAGUCACAACCACUCGGCGAGAUCAAGCAACGUCUCCGAGAAUUUCGGGCCUUGGAUUUUGACAAGGAGGUCGCUUUUGAAGACGGCACACACGGGACAGAGCCUCGUUUCAACAGCUUUCUGAGGGAGGGCAACACUCUGAUGAAGUAUCAAAUCCAAGGACUCAACUGGAUUCUGAACGGCUUCUACCAGGAGCGAAGCGCCGUCCUUGCAGAUGAAAUGGGCCUGGGAAAGACCAUUCAGGUCAUUGCCUUGAUGGCCUCCAUCAGCCUACAUUCUCCUCGGGCGUGGCCCUGGCUUGUGGUUGUCCCCAACUCGACUUGUCCCAACUGGCGGAGGGAGAUCAAGAAAUGGGCCCCGGACAUGCGCGUGGUAUGCUACCAUGGUGGAAAGGAGCCCCAGCGUCUAGCUUACCAGUACGAGCUGUUCCCCAACAACACCAGAGAGAUGAAAGCACACGUCGUCAUCAUGUCAUACGACUCUGCCCAGGAUGACCAAACCAGGCACCUCUUUAGAACCGUCCAUUGGAUCGGAAUGAUAGUUGACGAGGGACAACGGCUCAAGAACGACGAGAAUCUGCUGUACGGUGCGCUUCGAUCCAUGAGGGUCCCCUGGAGGCUGCUUCUCACCGGCACGCCGCUCCAGAACAACAAGCGUGAACUAUUCAACCUUCUCCAGUUCAUCGACCCCACAAAGAAUGCUGAACGCCUUGACGAGCAAUAUGCCGAGCUUACAAAGGAGAACAUCACCGAGCUUCAUGAGAUGAUCAAGCCUUAUUUCCUUCGACGUACCAAGGCUAAGGUGCUGAAGUUCCUGCCGCCGAUGGCGCAAAUCAUUCUACCUGUCUCCAUGUCCAUUGUCCAAGAGAAGCUUUGCAAAUCGAUCAUGGAGAGGAACCCAGAGCUGAUUCGCGCCAUCUUUGCCAACGCCAAGCUCAAAUCGAAUGAGCGCAGCAGUCUGAAUAACAUCCUCAUGCAGCUGCGGAAGUGUCUCGGCCAUCCGUUCCUCUACAGUGGAGCCGUCGAGGAUAAGAGCGUGGACCAGGAGACCAUGCAUCGCAACCUCGUCGAAGCAUCCUCCAAGCUUGUUCUCUUGGACCAAAUGUUCCCCAAGCUUCAUGAGCGCGGACACCGCGUACUCAUAUUCAGCCAGUUCCUCGGUAUGCUUGACAUCGUCGAAGACUUUCUUACUGGCAUUGGUCUCAAGUAUCACCGCCUUGACGGCAACGUCUCGAGUCUCGAGAGACAGAAGCGCAUCGACUCGUUCAAUGAGCCAGGCUCCGAGUACUUCGCUUUCCUUCUAUCAACACGUGCUGGUGGUGUGGGUAUCAACUUGGCGACUGCAGACACGGUCAUCAUCCUUGACCCCGACUUCAACCCGCACCAGGACCUUCAAGCCCUGUCUCGAGCUCAUCGAAUUGGUCAGAAGAAGAAAGUUCUCUGCUUCCAGCUGAUGACGAAGGGCAGCGUCGAGGAGAAGAUAAUGCAGAUUGGACGCAAGAAAAUGGCCCUGGACCACGCCUUGGUCGAGAGCAUGGAUGCUCAUGCGAAGAACGGAGAAGCCGGCGAGGAUCUUGAGUCUAUCCUAAAGCACGGUGCAGAGGCUCUGUUCAACGAUGGUGAGAAAGAAACAAUCAAGUACGAUGCAGCCGCCAUCGACAAGUUGCUGGACAGGUCCGCGAUCAAGCCGACGAUAUCAGCCCACGACGAAGAGGACGAUGCCAAGGGAACCACGUUUUCGUAUGCCCGCGUCUGGCAGAACGAUUCUGGAGACCUGGCGAACGACCUAGAGGUAGACGAAAACGCCGAGGUUCCCAUGAGUGUGUGGGAUGCGAUCCUCAAGCAACGAGAGGACGAGGCCAAGAGAAGGGCCGACCUCAACAAGGAGGUGCUUGGUCGUGGUGGCCGGCGACGCCAGGCUGUCAAGUACACCGGCGAUGCCGUUGACGGCCUCGAACCAGUUGAAGGGGGUGCAGAGGCGAGGCAGCCUUCUGACGUGGACGAGGACUUCAUUAGCAGUGAUUCCUCUGACAGUGACUCUGAAGACGGUAAUGUUGAUUCUGGAACGAACUUACAAGGACAGGCAAAGAAAGCCAACCCCGUCGAAGCGAUCCAGCCCCCGAAAGGCCCAGACCCCUCAGAAAUCCGCAACGCCCCGAAAGCGCCAGACAGCACAACCCAAAACCCCGCCGUCCCAGCGAAGAGGCCGCGCGGCCGGCCCAGGAAAAACCCCGACGGCCAAAACGGCGGGGGCAAAGGCGUCGCCGACAACGCCCACAAAACCCAAGCCCAAGCCCAAGCCCAAGGGCAAGGGCAAGGGCAAGGCCCUCCAGCUCGAGGAGGACAGUCAGGGCGAGGGAGAGGGAGAGGACAGCCAGGAUCCACUCCAGGAGGAGGGCAUGCCUCAGCCGGACACCCAGCAGGAGGAUAUCACGCAGGAGGAUAUCCCGCAGGAGAAUAUCCCGCAGGAGGAUAUUCAGCAGGAGGGCAACCAGCAGGAGGGCACUCAGCAGGAGGACAUGGACAGCCCCAUGGUGGACUGCCCCCAGUCUCAGGCGUCGGCGGACCAGGGCCCCAAUUUGCACCUCACUGGCAAGGACGAGGCCAAGGUUUCCAGCAACCGCAACAGCCCGGACCCUACCCCCAGCACUCCCAAGCACAGUUCCCUAACUCCUUUGUCACGCAGCCCAUCCCCACUCUUGGAGCCAACUUUGCCCAGUACUGGAGCUACCCACAGCAGCCAAUAGGACCUGGGAUGGUGCCCAGUAAUGCUAACUUGCAGAACUUCAACGGUGGCCCUGCACCACAGCCUCGAGCACCUCCUCCGCUAGCACCGCGGACCCCACAAAUCAGUGAUGUGAGAUCACCUGCAACCAGCUCGGGCCCACCCAUGUCUCGAAGUACGUGUAAGAACUGCCAUCUUUAUCAUCCGCAAAACCAGUCGUGCCCCAACCUGAAGACGGAGAUUCACGUGCGGCUGGCACUUGAUCAAGUCAAGUCGCUGUCUGGCGGCGAUUCCGCGAGGGCGCAACAGAAUAGAGAGAUCCUGCAGAACCUCUUGAGAGCAAAGCGACAAGGUUCAGCCGGAGCUGCUGCUGAGUCCCCUGCUCAGCCAAAUCCCCAACCACAAGCACUAAUUCCUUCACCCGUCGUACCCCAAAUAACACAACAACCGCAACCGCAACCGCAACUGCAACUAGAGCAACCUCGGCUUGUCGCUCCACUGCAGUCUGAAGAAGAGUCUUCUGGAUCUGGCGAAUCGACGUCAGAGGAAGAGUCCGAGUCUGCAUCGGGGGAUAAUUGAGCAGAAUCCGGACCCAACAGAGAGAGGCUCAGAGAAACUGAGCCAUGGAUAGACCAGCAAAUGGGAUAGAUCAUCUGAGAGCUAGGGUUCAGAGACACUGCAUAUCUCUGCCUGUGCAUGACAAAGCCCGUCUGGCCAACAGGCCGAACAAGCUCACUCUUGUUCCGACCCAUAUCGGCCAGGCCGGGCCGGGCAAAUACUUUUGAUUGGGCAGUUUGACCGGUUAGGCAAAUACAAUUUUGGAAUGCAUUCUGCA